GCUUUACGGCCCGUCGCCCGCGGCGGCGGCCGUUACCUUGGGGAUGGGGCUUGGGUGGCAACCGUAACUAGGGAGCCCGUGGAAGAGAAAGCGGCGGUCGCUGGAUGUCCGGAGGUGGCCAAGGGGUCUGGGCGGCGGGACGACCCUGCUUUUGAGGCCUGGGGUGGGCGCGCUCUGUGAGUCAGGGGUGGGGGCCCGGCAUGGCGGGGCCUGGCGCCUCGCAGGGACGCUCUUCCCCCCUGGCGGGCCUGGGGCGGCCCCAGGGAGACCUGAGCUGGAGGAGGGGCUGCGCCCGGGCUUUGUGCCCCCCACAGACGCGCACGCCUGCGGCCCCCCCGCUAAGGGCCCGCAUCAAGAUUCACUGGCACGGUCUGGUGGUCGGAAGAGGCUCUGUGCUAAGGCCUUAGGCUUGAAAUCAUAGCAGUCAUUUUUCAGAUGCAGGAACUGAGCCUCCGAGAGGUCUGCUUCUUACUAGCUGUGUGAUCUCGAAUAAGUCACUUCAAUUCUCAAAGCCUCAAACUCUCACGUUUGUUGUAAGGAAUAAAUGAGAAAAUAUGUUAGAAGGCGUUUAAACAUUUUAAACAAUUGCUACCAUUUCUCAAGCCCUCUGUGCUGCAACUGUGUUGAGCAUUUUACAUGGGUCAUCUCAUCUAAUCUUCACAACAACCUGGGAAUUUAAGGUUAUCGUUUUUAUUUUGCCUGUGAGCAACUUUAGACUCUGAGGGGUAAGUGACUUGCCCAAGGUCACAGAGCAAGUUCGUGGUGGAACUGGGAUUGAAUGCUAGGAGAGGCUGACAGCAAAGCCCAUGCUUUUAACCACUAAGCUGCACUGCCUCUUCCCUUAUUCACAUUAUUAGAAUUGUAGCAAAUGCCUGGGUUAUCGUUUUGCUGCCUGUGGGAAUAUGAAUACAUUUAAAAUGAGUUAGAGGUUUCUAAAGUUAUUCCUAGAAAGAUGAGAGGCCCUGUGAUAAACAUUUUUAAGAUUUGGGACAGUUUUCCCAGGAAUAUGACAUUCUUUUUAUUCCCGUGGAAAGGAACCAGAGCUGAUAUUGCACAUUUCAUUGCUAGAUUAGUGCACCAGGAAAUCAUAAUGGGAAACAGAGGGCCCUACUGAUUAUUAUGGUCAAAAUUUCUCUAGAGGAAACUCCACAGAGAAGAAUGUCAGAUGCAGAGGAAAACCCCCUAGAAGAAACAGAAGAAGAUGGAGAAACAGACAUGGAAGAAGAAGAGGAAGAAAAUCCAAAUUAUAAAGAAGUAGAAAAUAUGCAACAGGAAUCAAAAGAAGAUGACACAUUAGCACGGAGAGAGUCUCAGGAGGAGGAGGAGGAGGAAGGGGAGGAGGGAGGAGGGGAGGUGGAGGAAGGGGAGGAGGAGGAAGGGGAGGAGGAGGAGGAGGAAGGAAUGGAGGAAGGGGAGGAGGAAGGAGUGGAAGAGGAGGAAGGGGAGGAGGAGGAGGAGGAAGGAAUGGAGGAACGGGAGGAGGAAGGAGUGGAGGAGGAAGGAGGGGAGGAGGAGGAGAAAGAAGAGGAGGAAGAGAGGGAGGAGGAGAGAAAAGUGGUGGAGAAAGAGGAGGAAGAAGAGAAGGAAGAAGGGGAGGGGGAGGAGGAGGAGGCUGGAGCAACACAGGGGGAGGUGGCUGCGGGAGUAGAGGAAGAAACCACAGUGAAGCCCCAAGAAAUCACCAAGUCCAUGAUCAGUUUGGAGAGACUCGCCUUGACUGAUUCCCAGUUGAUCAUGUCAGGAGCUUUCCCAAAAACCCAUAGUGGUAGUGAGUCAAAGCAUUCGUUACAAUCAGAGCGUUUGGAAACAAAUGAGCUUUCAAGAGUCCCGAGCUCACAAUUACAAUUUCUCGAUUUGGAUCAAACCAGUUUGGAGGAACAACAGAUGAGUUCCCCUGAAAGGCAGCCCUCAGGCAAGCUUGGGGAGAAAACCGACCAGAUGCCCCAAGACGAAUGGGGACAAGAAAAGGGAGACUUGGAACCAGAAGAGCGAGACUUGGAGCCGGAAAAGGGAGGCAGGAGACAAGAAAAAAGAGUAUCAUACUUAGAUGAGGAAAAAGAAAAAGAAUCCCAGCCCAAAGGGAUCCCAGAGGACUCACUGGUGUCCACCACCACCGAGGACAUUUUGUUUCAAAAGGAUGACAGUGCCAAUGUGUAUCCCUUGACCAUGACUUGGUCAUUCGGAUGGAAUAGUUCUCUUCCUGUUUACUAUAUUCAAGAUGAAAACCAGAGAGUUCUUCUGUAUGCCUGUGCUCACACUGCGGUCAUCUACAACGUUUUCAAGAAUGACCAGCACCAUCUUCAGGGCCACCCUAAUGUGAUCUCCUGCCUAUGCAUCAGCGAAGACAGGCGGUGGAUCGCCACGGCUGACAAAGGGCCUGACUGCCUGAUAAUCAUAUGGGACUCCUUCACAGGUAUUCCUGUGCACACAAUAUUUGACAGCUGCCCAGAAGGUAACGGCAUCAGGACCAUGGCCAUUACCCGUGAUGCUAAGUAUCUGGCAACCAUCUCAGAUGCUGAAAUCCAGAAAGUUUGCAUCUGGAGGUGGACUUUGGCUGUGGAAACACCAGCAUGUACUCUUGAUCUUCCCAAAGAGUAUGGUUUUCAGAACUACCUUACUUUUAAUCCAACAAAUAAUAAAGAAUUGGUGAGCAAUAGUAAAACACAGGCAAUAUAUUAUUUGUGGUAUGAAGAGGGAGAUAUACUUGUUCACAGUGCCCCACUUUUAACAGAAAAAACAUUCAACAAGCUUGUGGGAAAAUAUAGCCAGUCCAUCUUUCAUCUGAAUUUAACACAAAUUCUCUCGGCAACAAUGGAGGGGAAGCUGGUUGUCUGGGACAUUUACCGCCCACCAUCGUCUGCCUCCACCUCUUUGAACUUACCCUAUAUCAAACCUUGUAAAUUGGUUCAUUUGCAGAGAGAGAGUAUCACUGUGCUUACUACAGUUGAUAGCUAUAUUGUCACAGGUGACGUUAAGGGGAACAUUAAAUUCUAUGAUCACACCCUGUCCAUUGUUAACUGGUACAGCCACUUCAACUUGAGCUCCAUAAGAACUCUGUCCUUUUCAAAGACCCCGGCAACUCCUCCUACCAAAAAAUCAAACUAUCCUCCAGACUGCACUUUAAAAGGUGACCUUUUUAUUGUGAGGAAUCUUAUCAUUGGAACAUCUGAUGCAACAGUGUACCACUUAACGACAGAUGGGACCAAACUUGAGAAGUUAUUUGUAGAGCCCAAGGAUGCCAUUUGUGCCAUCUCCUGCCACCCGUAUCAACCCCUCAUCGCCAUUGGGAGUUUCUGUGGGAUGAUCAAAGUGUGGGAUUAUGAAAAGAAAAAAUACCUUUUCAGCAGGGUCUUUGAGAAGGGGCUUGGAGUCCAAAGUCUGACCUACAACCCCGAAGGGGCCCUUCUUGGAGCUGGCUUCACAGAGGGGACAGUUUACAUUCUCGAUGCCAUGUCCUUAGAAAACGAAAUCCCAGAGCCUUUCAGAUAUUCCAGAACCAGCGUGACUCAUAUCAGCUUCUCCCAUAACUCCCAGUAUAUGGCAACUGCUGAUGUAAAUUUUACUGUGGCCGUUUACAUGGUGGUAGUCAAAAACGGACAAAGGGUCUGGGAAUAUUUGGCGAGACUUCGUUCUCAUCACAAAAGCAUCCAGAGUCUCCUGUUCGGGCUUCACCUGGACAUCAAUGAGCCUCGACUGCUGAGCCUCGGGAAAGAUAGGGUCCUGAUCGAGUAUAAUCUUCUCAAGAGUUACAAAGACCACCUGGAAGUCCUGGACAUUCACCGAACUGACCAGGGCAACUACCCCACCUGUAUGGUCUGGUACCCGCCACUCACCAAGGAACUCUUCCUGCUCAUUUGCAACAGUGGCUACAAAGUGAAACUUUUUAAUUCUACCACAAAAAUGUGCAGAAAGACACUUCUUGGGCCAGUUUAUGGUUCUCCCAUUGAGCAGAUGCAGAUCCUCCCAGUGAAAACCACUAUGGAACUGCAGAAACGCUACCUGGUGUUUAUUAACAGAGAUAAGGUUGGACUUCAGAUCUUACCGGUUGAUGGGAAUCCACAUAAGACAUCUGCUAUUAUAUGCCACCCAAAUGGGGUAGCCGGAAUGGCUCUUUCCUAUGACGGCCGCUAUGCCUUCACAGCAGGAGGACAGGACCGAUCAGUGCUGCAGUGGGAAAUCAACUUAAGUGCCCUGGAGGCAGCAGUUUCUCUUGGGGGCGAAGACUUGACCCCGUUCUAUGGUCUGGUGUCUGGUGGCAGGGAAGGAAAAUUCUACAGGGAGCUGGAAGACUAUUUUUACUAUUCCCAGCUCCGUAGUCAAGGUAUCGAUAUAAUGGAGACCAGAAAGGUGUCGGAACACAUUCACUUGUCGGAGCUUCCUUUUGUCAUGAGAGCAAUUGGCUUUUACCCAUCGGAAGAAGAGAUUGAAGAUAUGUUUAAUGAAAUCAGAUUUAGUGAAUAUGUGGACACCGGAAAGCUAAUUGACAAAAUCAACUUACCAGAUUUCCUCAAAGUCUACGUUAAUCACAGGCCACCUUUUGGUAACACCAUGAGUGGCAUCCAGCGGAGCUUUGACAUUCUGGGUUUUACCAAUUCAAAAGGAGAAAAGGUCAUUCGAAGAGAGGAUUUCCUGAAAUUGCUUCUAACGAAAGGUGAGCACAUGACAGAAGAGGAGAUGUCUGACUGCUUUGCUACGCUGUUCGGACUGAAUCCUGAGGGCUGGAAAUCCGAGCCUGCGGCCUCCUCUGUGAAAGGUUCAGAAAUCUGCUUUGAAGAAGAACUUCCAGACGAAAUCACUGCAGAAAUAUUCACGACUGAAAUUCUUGGCUUAACCAUUUCACAAGAUUUCAGAGAAGAUCCCGUGGUUGGGGCAGUUGUAAGGAAUGUUUGAAGCACACAGGACUUGGUGUGUGGUUUUCUUCCAAGAGCCACUGCCUUUCCCGCAUCUGCCACCCGCUACUCUAAUCUUGAGAACAUUUAGACAUUAAAAGCAAAUUUCUGUUAAGCUAUGGAGUUCACAAA